UCCGUAGUGAAUUACUAUUUCCAAUAUAUACAAACACUCUUAAACUCAAACCCCGUUUUGCAAGAAACAAAUAUACCCCUUUUGCUCCAUCAACUCAUUGAUCAAGAUAUGGCACCCCAUGGAGAGUCCUUGUCCAGCAAUUUCUCACGAAGCAACAACAUAUCAAAGCCACCAAAGCUCUCUUCUGAUCACCUUCAACGAACGGUCUCGGACAUCUCUUUUGAGCUGAGCAAAGAAGGGAUUGAUGAGUUGAAGCUGCCACCAAUAUCUGAGGUUGAAAAUGCAAAAUGUGAGUGCUGUGGGAUGUGUGAGGAGUGCACACCCGAGUACAUAGAUCGUGUGCGUGAAAAGUUCAAUGGGAAAUGGGUGUGUGGGUUGUGUGCUGAGGCAGUGAAGGAAGAGUUGGAGAAAAAUGGAGGGAAAAAAGAAGAGGCUUUAGGUGCACAUAUGAGUGCAUGUGUUAGGUUCAACAAGUAUGGUAGGGCUUUCCCAGUUCUGUUUCAAGCCCAAGCCAUGAAAGAGAUGCUCAAAAAGAACCAUUUAGAUGGUAGAAGGGCUAAGUCUAUUAGCCCUAGGGACAAAGGAGGGCCAAAGAAAGGAGGCAUUGCUCGUAGUUCAAGUUGUAUUCCAGCAAUUACAAGAGAAAUCAAUGAUAUCAAAAUAGCCAAUUAAUCAUACGACAACCUCAAUCGAAGUCCUUUUUUCUAUAUUAAUUGAUGGUAAAUUCUAACUAGUACCCUAACCAGAUAAAAAAUCUUUUUUUUUUAUUGAAAAUAUGACAUUAAAUGUUAUGUCAUGAUUUUUAUUAAAAAAAAAAUAUUUACUGGUAGAGUAUUUGUUAGCUCUUACCCUUGAUUAAUUUAAUUAUGUAAAAAUGAAUGGUUUUGCAUCUUUAAUUACUUUAAUUAGCUGUCUCCAUAAUUUUUAUCGGCUGACUGCAUUAGUUAGGUCUUCCAUUGAAUCUACUGUAAGUAUUAAGAACCCCACAUCUUAUUCCUCUGGUUUCCAAAUGCUUCCAUUGCUGUCUUUCGGGAUAAAAAUGGUUUUAUUUCUCAUGGGAAGAAGCCCGAAGUUGCCUUCUGAGGUUUUUUUCGGUUAGUAACCUUCCACUCCUUCAGGGGUGGUUCCUUCUGAGAUCUUGUUUGCAUUUCCUUCACUAGAGCUAGCGUUCUUCUUUGUUUUUGUCCAGUGGUUUUUCUUGUUUUGUAAUUCAGUGAGAUGUAUUCUAGAAAUU